CGCCAGCGAAGCUUCGCUGCAUGAAGCCAAGUAAUUGUACUUUUAAAGAAGUUGAAUUUGUCUAACAUUUAGCGUCGUCGCUGAAUCUUUGUUAAUCAUUCCGAUUCGAAAUAAAAAAUGGACUCUGACAAUGAAUCCCUUAAUCUCGUACAAACGUGCGGAUUAUGUGAAAUGAUCUGCGAGCAAGCAGAUAUUGGAAAGCAUGCUUGUUUAAAAGGCUAUACACAAUAUAUCACAGAACCUGAUACGUUAUAUUUUUAUCCGUUAUUAAAUGAUGGAGUGACCGUAAUAAAAAGCAGAGUGUCAAGCAUAGAUAAAAAACAAAUAAUAACAGUGCAAUUACACAAGAAAAAUACAGAUUUUGUUACGCCAAUACACUUAUCUGAGCAAAAUUCUUGUGAGAAACGAAGAAAUUCAGAUGAAGGCUUAAAAGUAAAACUUAGCCACGAUGACGAAGAAACUCUCAUUUUAGAAGUUCAGUUACGAGAGCCUCUUUGGAAUUAUAAACUUCCAUUAUCACUACGCAACUUAAAAAUUACAAAAACUUUAUGGCAAGAAGUAGCAAAUGCUUUAAAUACGAAAAUUACAGCCAAUGAAGCCAAAACAAAAUUUAAAAGCUUACAUGAUACAUACCGACGAAUAAUUAGAUCAGAAACAAGCGCCAGUGGAUCUGCUCGAAAAAACAAUGGAAAGAAAUGGUUUCAUUAUGAUUCAAUGGAAUUUUUACGAGAUUCUUGCUUGUUGAAAGCCACCAUGAGUAAUAUUGAGAUAGAUGAUUUUGAAGAUGUUGAAAACGAAUCAAAUAGUGGUCCCCGCAAUAAAAGAAAGAAGAGUAAUUUUGAAAAGUCUGCCAAUGCAAUAGACAAAAUUACAAAUGCAUUGUGCGACAAUAACGACAUGUCUGUUAAUCUUCCGCCUAUUCCAGUUCCGGAUGAAAUUGAUGCCUUUUUGUCAAUGUUAGGAUGCCAACUGCGAGAAUUGGGGUUACGCAAACGGCGAAAAAUAAUGAAAACGUUUUUAGAUAUAAUAUAUGAUGCUUUGGCAGAACAUGCGUAA